UGACGCCCGGGACUCGGCCAGAGUGGGGAACCCGGACCGGGAAGGGGGCUUCCAGGAGACAAAGGCUGUGACCGGGGGCCGUGGGCGUGGGCCGGCGCCUCUGGGGUCUUUGUGCGGACACGUGCAUCUCGCGUUUGUGGGUCUUUGUGAAUUUGGUCCGGGGACAUGCAUCUGCCUGUGCCUUUGUAUGUCCGUGAUUUGAGGAGGCUGUUUUGCGCCUGUGUCCACGUUUCGUGGGCCCGCGUUUGGUUGUGAGUGUUGAUGGGCGCAUCGUUGUGUCCGCGUACGUGGUCUGUGCCUGUCGACGUGUCUGGGUUGGGUGUCCGUGGAGUAUGUGCGCGCCGAGAGCCAGACACCGCCCCAACUCCUCACUCCCCUGCUGUCCACCCGGGCCCAGACUUGGCUUCAAACUUUUCUCCCGGUUCCUCGGCAACCAGCGCCCGUCCUCCUCCCCACUGUAGCCCGGGCGGGGGGCUCUGGCAGCCCUCCCCUCAUUCACCUCCAGGGGUCCUUAGAGCCGCGAGGGGAUGGGAUAGGAUUGGUGGGUGGGGCAAUCGGCAGCGCCUGAGGACUGACCCGAGCCGAGGCUGGGCAGAGCGUGCCGCACACGCCAGCCGAACCGGCUGGGAGGAGAGAGCCCACACCAUGCUGUGGCCCCUGCUGCUGUUGCUGGCCGCCGGUGAGGCCCAGACCACCCGGCCCUGCUUCCCUGGAUGCCAGUGUGAGGUGGAGACCUUUGGCCUCUUCGACAGCUUCAGCCUGACACGGGUGGAUUGCAGCGGCCUGGGUCCUCACAUCGUGCCCGUGCCCAUCCCCCUGGACACAGCCCACCUGGACCUGUCCUCCAACCGUCUGGAGACAGUGAACGAGUCCGUGCUGGCAGGCCCAGGCUACACCACGCUGGCCGGCCUGGAUCUCAGCCACAACCUGCUCACCAGGUUCUCGCCCACGGCCUUCUCCCGCCUUCGCUACCUGGAGUCGCUUGACCUCAGCCACAAUGGCCUGGCCGCCCUGCCCGCUGAUAGCUUCACCAGCUCGCCCCUGAGCGACGUGAACCUGAGCCACAACCAGCUCCGCAAGGUCUCCGUGUCCGCCUUCGCCACCCACAGCCAGGGCAGGCCUCUGCACGUGGACCUCUCGCACAACCUCCUCCACAGCCUCGUGCCCCACCCCGCACGGGCCAGCCUGCCGGCACCCACCAUUCAGAGCCUGAACCUGGCCUGGAACCAGCUCCACACCGUGCCCGACCUCCGGGACUUGCCCCUGCGCUACCUGAGCUUGGACGGGAACCCACUGGCGGCCAUCGGCCCAGGGGCCUUCGAGGGGCUGGCAGGCCUUACACAUCUGUCGCUAGGCAGCCUGCAGCGUCUCCCCCAGCUGGCGCCCUAUGGCUUCCGUGAGCUGCAGGGCCUGCAGGUCCUGGAUUUGUCAAGCAACCCCAAGCUCAAGUGGGCAGGACCCGAGGUGUUCUCAGGCCUGGGCUCCCUGCAGGAGCUGGACCUGUCAGGCACAGGCCUGGUGCCCCUGCCCGAGAAGCUGCUCCUCCACCUCCCGGCGCUGCAGAGCAUCAGCGUGGGCCAGGGCGUGCAGUGCCGGCGCCUGGUGCGGGAGGGCACCUACCCCAGGCAGCCUGGCUCCGCCCCCAAGGUGGCCCUGCACUGCAUAGACACCCAGGAAUUAGCUGCUGGGGGCUCUGAUACCUUGUGACGAAUGGUGUGGCCUGGGGCCAUGUAACAGACUUCGCCCUGGGCUCCCUCGGGUCCUGGGUAAUUUAUAUUUUAACGUGCCAAUGCCAGCAGGGACUCUGCAGGCCUGUGUGGCAGCAUCAUUGAAAGAAAGGCUUUGGACCUGGGACCCACACCCAGGAGCAAGGUUUUGCCCGUUGGUCUAUGUUGCUCCCCAGACCAUAAGCCGAGGGUCUUCGAUGCCAAACCAGACAGCAGUCCCCUGCUGUCCUUCCCUACUUGUCCCCAAAGUGCCUUCCCUGAGGCCUGGACCAACCUGACCCAUGACAGGAGGAGGGUGGGCGGGAAGUAGUGCUGCAGGGCAGAGGUCCAGCCACUCAGGCAUGGGUUUCUUUUACGACACAGCCCUCUCUUUGCUCUGGGCGUGUGAGGCCUACUUCAUCCUUUUUUCUUCCCCUAGAACUCUGGAUAGAACUUUAUAGAAAGGACUGGAGAAAAAAAUCUAGUCCACCUCCUCAUGUGCCAGAUGGGGAAACUCAGGCCUAGGGAAGGAAAAAUGCUAUUCUGAGGUCCUACAGUGGCAGAAGCGUGAAUGGAUCCAAUGUCCAGGCUCCCAGCAGGGCCCCUUUGCACUUUUCUCUCUUCUCUAAAUCAUGCCCUCCCUCUCCCCUUUCUGGGCUCCCCCUUGCUUCCAAGACUCACAUCCUGCCAUUUGUGCCCUUUCCCUGUCGACCCCAGGAGGAGAGACCAGGGCCUCGGGGGUGGCACUCUGGGCCCGGUAACCGGCUGUGGCACAGGCUAAGUCAGUUCACCUCAGAGCCUCUAGAAGCCUCAGGGAUACCAGUCCCAGCCCUGCCAGUUUCCCACUCUGUGGAGGGGGGGGUCCCCCAGCAUCAAGAAUGGAAAUGCGCCCAUUGACCCCUGAGGUACUGCCUCUAGAUGCAGUCCUGGAGCCCCUCCAGGCCCUGAGCUCCUGAGCUCCCUCAGACCCCACUGGCCCUAUGCCCAACAGCCCAGCUCAUCCUACUGAGAAUGCAGUGAAGGAGAUAGGGGAGACCCCACCCAUGUUUAUGCUCUGCCACCAGGGUGGCAUCUCAGCUUCCCAGCCCUGGGCUCUCUCCUUAGCAUGGGGUUAAUAAAAGUUGUUGCCUUUUUAAUGGACUGUCACUUUCAACCACCCUGCACCCCCGUCCAGGUCCCUGCUGGCAGGGGAUGGAAACAUGCCAUUUGUAAAAGAAGAAAGACAUUGCAUUUGUUCGCUUUUGUAAUAUUGUGUCCUGGGGAUGGGUUGGGGGAGGAGGCGUUGGGUGAAAGACAUCCAUAUGUGGCCAUGUGGGCGUCAGGGGGCUGGUCCCACAGGGACACCCACAGGACAAUGAGAGCUCUGUCCUCCCCCACCGGCCCUACCCAACACCUGGUCCUUGGUUUAAUAAACACUAUAAAGAGGCCCUCUUCCCAUCAUUUGACCAGCAUCCACUGACAUUCCCUAGACUGAGCCCUGGGGCCACAAGGAUGAAUUGAGACAAGCUUGUUCUCUCUGAAAAGCCCAAUAACCUCCCAGGAUUAGGGGAGUGAGGUGACGUGAGGGAGGGAGUUCCUCGGGGGUAGGUGGCACCUUUCACUGAAGCUAACACUGCCUGCUUUUCCUCAUUUCCCCUCUCCCUGACGCCCCAACUCCAUGAACUUGUCAGGCCCUGCAUGCCUCCGCCUUUGCUCAGGCUGUUACUCUGGGACCUGGCCCUUGCCCCCAUCCCUGCUUCUCAACUUCCCAGCCUAACAGACCCAGUUCCCACCUCACCUCCUUAGAAGCUUUCCCUGAGGUCCCCGUCCACCUCCCUCCACUGAGCUGAGCUCCGACAGUACUGUGUUCCUUCUUGGCAUCUGACUGCUGUGGUAUCCUAACUCUUGUU